AUGCCCUUGAUCCUCGCCCGUUGCUGCAGCAAACACGACAAUCAUUCACGCUUGUCUGCCGACGACGACGACAUCAUGCUGCACCACGAAUGCGUCCCUCUCCUGCCCAUGGCCGAGAAGAAGCGCAAGGGCUCUUCCGUGCGGGACGUGGCACACUUCCUCUAUGGCUCAGCUUGCAAGUCGCUACGCAGGACCAAGAGUGACAUACACUGCUUUGUUGGCUACCAUUGUUGAUUCGUUCGAUUCUCUCAGGCGAAAGCUAACCCGACUGUGGCAGGACAAGGUAUCCAAGUCCAACACUCCGGCUCACAGACCCGACCACUUCGGUGGUAUCUUUGCGAUCGAAGAUGACCCCAAAACUAAGCCCGACAAGGAGGAGGAGCGGAGGAUUCAGGGUGUGCUGGAGAGGCUACGAGCAUAUGGAAUCAAUACCAUGGUCGAGUCGAACGCCCGCUAUGCGUUGCGUGUCUCCUCAUCGCAAGGCGACGGCGAGGCGGCGUUUCGGUUGUUGAUGCUCUUGCAGGAGACAUACGAGGGUAUCGUGCGCCCAUACAACCCGGAGACCAAGCUGUUGGGAGCGAUCAAUCGGGAAAUGGUGACGUGUUAUCUGGAUGCGUUGCUGUUUGCCAUGUUUGCAAGGCUGGAUAGCUUCGAAGCCAUGCUCUACGACAGCUUCGAUGACAAGCCGAGGAAGAGGCUGGCGGGCCUACUAAGGUUGUGGGUGAAUCUGCUGCGUACUGGGAGGCUCAUAACGACAGAUGUCACGAGGCAUCUGCAAGAAGCUUUGACGGAAUGUGGCUGGGAGGAUGCAGUCAGGCUUAAGCAGCAGGACCCUUCAGAGGCAUUCACAUUCAUCACUGGUCAGUUGGAGUUACCUCUCCUGACACUAAAAAUGGACCUCCACCACGCCGGCAAGGAAGAUCCCCAAGACGAUCACAAAUUCAUCAACGAGAGGUUGCUCGAAGUUGCAAUCCUGGAAGAGCCACCGGAGGGCAGCGAUGUCAUUACGUUGGAGGACUGCCUGGAACACUACUUCAACAACAGAAUCGAAGUGAAACGCCAUAUGGAGAAUCAGCGACGCAACACUUUGAAGUCUGCCUCAAUGGAUUCGCCUAAUACACCCACGAGCCCUACAAAGAUGGAGAAAGAGAGUGGCAUCCAUGUUGAGGUUGCCGAAGUCCCACAACAAAGUACGUCAGGUACACCGACCGUGCAGACGCCCGUUGCAGAAACUGCGACACAGAGCACACAGACUAAAGAUCCUUUCGCGCGGGUGCGGCCAAUUUAUGGACGUAAGCGAGGUGACAGCAUUUUCAGCCAGCGCAAAGUUAUCCUUGAAGGAGUGGAUCCUGAUCAAAAGGUGGACCCGGAAGCACAGAUCCCAGACAGAGAGCGGAAGCUGAGCACCAGGACGGAGGUAUUGAUGCCGGCAUGGCAAUUCUUCAAGCUGUUGCCCUGGUACACAGAUCAUAUGCCGAUGUCUGACGCCCAGGUCGCUGCCCAUUUCUCCAAGAAGCGGCCUGUUUUGGGGAUCUGCCUCAAGCGAUAUAGUUACACCAACACUGGCCAAGCUUCGCGACUCAACACUUACAUCGACAUUCCUACCGAGAUGACUGUGCCCAAUUUCGUCAGCGAUGAAGACAUGCAGGAGGAGGGCCCUCUUGUCGGCAACUUCAGGCUGCUAUUGCAAUCUGUCGUCUGUCACCGAGGUGUUUCGGUCCAGUCCGGUCACUACGUGACCCUUACCCGUGGCACGGCAGCCAACGCGACCCAAAGCCGGAGAGGUAGCGACGACAGCGACGACAUUCAUGACCCGUGGAUGCGAUUUGACGACUUGGCUAAGGACAGGGUUACGUACGUUGACAUUCGGGAGUCGUUGAAGCAGGAGACCCCGUAUCUACUCUUCUAUCAAGUGCAGCCGAUCGGUGACGACGGCCAUUCCAUACACGACCUCCCAAGCUAUGCAGAAGCAACAUCGAGAGCACAUUCCGAUGCGACGCCGUUGGAAAAGCCAUAUCUGAACGACCCUUUUGGAUCAGACUACACGUUGGAACAAGUACCUUCGCAACCGCUUUCUGAUGGUCGCACAGGGUCGGAGAGCACAGACUGGGCCGUGUCUGCAUCAGGACGGAAUAGUCUGGAAGUGAACAGGGCCCUGGAAUCAGCAAGAGGACGUCGCAGCUUACAGGGUGAUGAUCGACGUCUAAGCAUCCCGUUCGACGCGGCUAGCGUCUCGGGCGGCAGCGCUCGUACCGAUGCUACCGUGUCGAUACCGUCGACGCCGAAGGAAGAGAAGGAUCCUGACAGGACGGCUACCGGUCUGCUUGCGGUGGCGAACAAGUUGCCUGGCUCCCGGCGUGGAAGCCGAGCAAAGAAUGGUUCACAGUUGAAAAGCCGACCCACGAGCACUGGGCCAGAUACGAACAGCAGCCGCUUCAGCUUGAACAUGUCCAGGCUUACACAGAAGAUGAGCCGCAGCGAUGAGAGCAAGAACUCUGCUCCUGCUUCCACUCAGGCAGAGACUCCUCCAGAUCUACCAGCCACAGCCAGCGUUACCGAAAUCACAGACGAAAAGCUCGCGCAGACUGACUCGGGCACGGGCGAGAAGCCGACGAUUGCAAUGCAAGUUCAGCAUCUCAUCAGCGAUACUGCAAGUGACGAUACCGCAAAGCCAUCGCAGGGAACGUUGAAGCCACCGGGAAAGGCUGCCACGACCGCCGGGAAUAUGACGAAAAAGGAGAAAGCCGCGAUGAAGCAGGAGAAGAGAAGGGCACGGAAAGGGGAGGAUGACCGGGAGUGCACUCUCAUGUGA